ACGUCCCUGUGGGAGGAGACUGUAGUUCCCUUUCACGCAGUGUGUGUUGAAGCUUUGAGUUCGCAGUUUUGUUGACCCAACUUUUAAAGCUAGAUUCUUCGGUAAGUUUAAGACCAAAGACUCUUAUAGGGAACUUGCAGACCAAAAAUCGACGGAGAAGCAACAAACCCGAAGACACCAGCUCAGAGGUCUGCUGCUAACAGGAAGUUGUUUACGUGAUUUAACAAAUAAAGGAUGGACAGGAAGCAGUGUUGUGUGAAGCUGUCGGUUCAGCCAUCCAGAGGGCUCAUGGAUGAGAAAUUCAUUGUCCUCGUCCAGAAUGCCCUGCCUGGUUCCCAACUAACCAUCCGUGCCCUGCAUCAGUGUGAAGAUGGACACAGCUGGGAAGCGUUUGGUCACUACACUGCCGAUACCACAGGGACCAUCAAUGUUUCAGAGGAUCCCAGUAUACAUGGGACAUAUUCCGGUGUUGAACAGAUGGGUCUACUGUGGAGCCUCAGACCAAUUCCAGGCAGCAAACCUGGGCUGAGGAUGCGAAAGAAAAACAUCCAGACUCCCAUGGAGGUCACAGUUUCAGUUUACCAGGGUCACCAGACAGAGGGCUUUGCAGAUCUGGUGCCACUCUCUGGUGUGGUGGUAGAGCGCUGGUAUAUGGCACCUGGUGUGCGCAGGAUUCCAGUUACAGAAGGUGGACUCACCGCAACCCUUUUUCUGCCCUCGGGUCCUGGACCUUUUCCUGGCCUCUUGGAUCUAUGGGGGGGUGGAGGGCAGUUGGUGGAGUACCGUGCAGCGCUCUUGGCCUCCCAUGGCUUCGCCAGUAUGGCCAUCGACUACCUGACCUCUAAAUUCACCAUGAAAACUGGAAAGAUGGUGGACAACCAGUAUUUUGAGACAGCCUACAGAGUCCUGCAGCAACAUCCUCAGGUCUGCGGCAGCAAGAUUGCCAUGAUAGGUCUUUCCUUUGGCACCAGUAUGACCCUCAAGAUGGCUAUUUACUCUGAAGUUAUAAAACUCAGUGCUGCAGUCUGUAUCAGUGGGAGUCAUGUGCAGCCAGUUGAGGGAUCUGUGGAAGAAAUAAUGGGAUUCUUUCAGAAAAAUGCUGGGAAGACUCGCUUCAAUGAAAAGAACGAGGUGAUCUGGCGAGAUCUGCUGUUGCCCAUCUCCACCGACCCUUCACUCAAAGCCGAUGUGGGAAGGCUACAGUGUCCUCUGUUGCUGGUUGUAGGCGAGGAUGAUCAGAACUGGCCAGCCCAAGAGUCAGCACUGGAUAUUAAGGAAAUGAUGGCACGAGCGGGGAACAGUCAUCUGCUCACUGUCCUGUCGUACCCAAAUGCAGGUCACUUGAUCGAACCCCCCUACACACCGCAUGCCAGAUCUAGCACCUUCAAGACCGUUGAAAUACAAGAGAAGGUGAUGUGUCUGUGGGGUGGACAAACGGUAGAACAUUUUCGAGCUCAGGAGGAUGCCUGGAAGAAGAUCCUAGUGUUUCUCAGGGAGAAUCUGUAUGGUGGCAGGAAACCUACCUCAUUUUCUCACCUGUAAUCAAAAUGAUGACAUGAGUUCCAAAGUGAAAAUAUUUGCCUAAAGACAUAGUUAGUUAAAACUCAGAGCAGCAGUAGUCCAGAUCAAAUAAACAAAGCCUGUACAUUAAGACAAUCUACUGA